GUGCUGGCAACCCUAAUAAAAAACAUCGAAAAACUUGAUUUUCGUCGUCGUUUCGUCACAAUAAUUAGAAUUCUCAUAAAUUGAAAUAUUAGCAUACUCUAAGUGCUUUUCAAAGUGAUUAAAUUUCAGGGCUUUACACCAUGGGAGACGGCCAGAGUGAAAAUCAGCCUUUGCUGAGAGAUGAGGAAGUUAAUGUCAGCACAAUAUCUCCGAUCGGACCUGACGAGCUACCUCCGCCGUACCAACAAGCUGUCAAAGGCGGCAUGCCCAUGGUAACAUGCCGAGUGUGCCAGGCUAUGAUCGACAUAUCCGGGAAACGAGAACAGCAUGUUGUGAAAUGUUCUGAAUGCAAUGAAGCAACUCCUAUAAGAAACGCGCCUCCAGGAAAGAAGUAUGUCCGCUGUCCAUGCAACUGCCUGCUGAUCUGCAAGUCGUCAUCACAGCGCAUUGCCUGUCCCCGAGCUGACUGCAAACGAAUCAUCAAUCUCGCACCCUCCCCGGUGACUCCGCCGGUGCCCACGCUGCCGGGCAUGUGCCGGGUCAACUGUGCACACUGCCAGGAUACAUUUUUGUACCAGUUUCUGAAGAACGCGCCGGUACGGUGCCCGCACUGCCGCAAGGUGUCGUCCGUGGGCCCGCGCAUGGCUCGCAUCCGCGGCACGAUCUUCGCCGUGCUAGCCCUGCUGGUGUUGGGCGUCGCGCUCGGAGUCACCCUUGGCACGCUCUCCGCCGCCAAGAGCCACGGCGGUGGAGUCUACGUCGCCUACGUGGGUGCCUUCCUCCUCGCCUUCAUACUCGCUAGCCGGGCUGUCUACUACUUCGCCAUGAAAGUAAGUACCAUAGAGGGACCCAUGUAGGAACCACUUGUGAUAACGUGACUGGGAUUUUUUUUACAUGUAAAAGAUGUCUCGAUUCCAUUGUUUAGGUACUCGUUUAUUGUGUUAUGGUUAUGAUGCAGUUAAGUUUUUUCUUUUGUAAAUUGUAACCGCGUAAACUGUCAUCGUCAUCUAAGUUUUAAGUUGGUUUCGGUACACUUUACGUGAAUGGAGACCUUUUAAAAUAUUGUUGCAUUAUGUAAAUCGCUUUUAAAUUAUUUUAUACGUGACUCAAUGUCACUUGAUUAUACUUCGUUAACAGUUUAGUGCUCUACAGUUUGUGUAGCUAGAUUUGGUUUGGAGUGACAAAAUUAUUUUGUAUUUAUGCAGGGCCAUAUAUUUUUUAAAUAUAUCAUCUGGUGAUUGCCUGAAAAUUAUUGGUCUGCGUUUAAUUAUAAAAUAUACAUUACUAAAUUGUCUCAAAUAUGUAUUAUAAAUAAUAUAAGUAUAAAUGAAAACUGUUUACGACUGAAGGAAGUGUCUGUUGCUGAAUUUUCGAGCAUUAUAGCAUUUUAUUUGUUCUAGACAAGCAAAACAUACAAUAAACUACCAUAUAUGUGAUAUAUAACUCAAUAAAUCAGUAGAAAGCAUUAGAUCCAUUUAUAAUAGCUUAUCGAAUAUAACUUUUGCCUUUCAAAAUUUUACUAACGUGUAUUCCAAUACCUAACUAUACACAUAAAAUGUCCAUUGUUAUCAAUACUGUAGUAGAAAGACCAUUCAAGACAUGCGGAUAUUGAAAUAGAGCCGUUGAAUGAACUACUCUAUGCUAUGACGUAAUGCUGUGGCUCAGUAACCUUAUAUCCGCGGUAUGCCAGUACGUGUUUACAAAUAGGUCGAUUAAUCCCAUCAUUAGUUUCUAAGCUGUCAUUCAGAUGCACAAGUUCAUAUUUCAUGAGCAUUUUAUCCCUUUAAAGGG